AUGGCGACGGCGCGGUUGGCCUGGGCCCUACGGGCCACCUCUGCGGGAGGAAGGCUGCGCGGUCCCCGAGGCACUGGGGGCGCCCGGAGACUGAGCGGCAGCGCGCGACGGCGGGCGGCCGGGGGCGCCAGCCCGGGGCGCCGGCUCAGCACCGCCUGGGCGCCGGCCCAGGCCGCACGAGAAGGGACCGAGGGCGCCGAGGAGGACACCCACUCGCCUGCCGCGGAGGAGCCGGAAUGGACGCCGCCCCCCGCGCCCCCGGCCCCUCCCGACCCCCCCGGGCCCCCGGCCGGCCGCUCGCUGGUGCAGCGGGACAUCCAGGCCUUUCUGAACCAGUGCGGAGCCAGCCCCGGGGAGGCGCGCCACUGGCUCACGCAGUUCCAGACCUGCUACCACUCCGCCGACAAGCCCUUCGCCGUCAUCGAGGUGGAUGAGGAAGUACUCAAGUGCAGUCGGGCCGUAUCCAGCCUGGCCUUCGCCCUGGCAUUCCUGCAGCGCAUGGACAUGAAGCCGCUGGUAGUCCUCGGGCUGCCCGCGCCCACCGCGCCCUCUGGCUGCCUUUCCUUCUGGGAGGCCAAGGCACAGCUUGCCCAGAACUGCAAGGUGCUGGUGGAUGAGCUGCGGCACAACGCCGCCACUGCCGUGCCCUUUUUUGGCGGCGGCUCGGUGCUGGGCGCCGCGGAGCCAGCCCCUCAUGCCAGCUACGGCGGGAUCGUCUCGGUGGAGACCGACCUGCUGCAGUGGUGCCUGGAGUCCGGCAGCAUCCCCAUCCUGUGCCCCAUCGGGGAGACGACCGCGCGCCGCUCCGUGCUCCUCGACUCGCUGGAGGUGACCGCGGCUCUAGCCAAGGCGCUACAGCCCACCAAAAUCAUCUUCCUCAAUAACAGAGGAGGCCUGCACGACAGCAGUCAAAAGGUCCUGAGUAACGUGAACCUGCCCGCCGAUCUGGACCUGGUGACCAACGCCGAGUGGGUGAGCGCCAAGGCGCGGCAGCAGGUGCGGCUCAUCGUGGACGUGCUCAGCCGCCUGCCGCACCACUCCUCGGCCGCCAUCACCGCCGCCAGCACGCUGCUCACCGAGCUCUUCAGCAACAAGGGGUCCGGGACCCUGUUCAAGAACGCCGAUCGGAUGCUGCGGGUACGCAGCCUGGACAGCCUGGACCAGGGCCGCCUGGUGAACCUGGUCAACGCCAGCUUCGGCAAGAAGCUGCGGGACGACUACUUGGCCUCGCUGCGCUCGCGGCUGCACUCUGUCUACGUCUCUGAGGGGUACAACGCGGCCGCAAUUCUGACCACGGAGCCCGUACUGGGGGGCACCCCUUAUCUAGACAAGUUUGUGGUGAGCUCCAGCCGCCAGGGCCAAGGCUCGGGCCAGAUGCUGUGGGAGUGCCUGCGGCGGGACCUGCAGACGCUUUUCUGGCGCUCCCGGGUCACCAACCCCAUCAAUCCCUGGUACUUCAAACACAGUGAUGGCAGCUUCUCCAACAAGCAGUGGAUCUUCUUCUGGUUUGGCCUGGCCGAUAUCCGGGACUCUUAUGAGCUGGUCAACCAUGCCAAGGGGCUGCCAGACUCCUUCUGCAAACCAGCUUCUGACCCAGGCAGCUGACCCUCACCGCCCACCCUGCAGGCCCUGGGACAACCAGGGUGAACCAAAAGCC